ACAACUGUGACCAGGCAACUCUCAUAUCAUUUCAACUCAACUUCAUACAACGACUCUUUCUACCCCACGCCCAUCCCAUCAUGGACGCUGGCUAUUGUUGAGAAGCGUUGGCUUUUUGUUUUAGAAAUUCAGACAGACAGUAGUCGUCUCCGACCGUGAAAACGGCCAAGACUCCCGCUGGCUGCACAGUGUACCCCAUAGGUACCUACUUUAGCGGGCAAUGUCUCUUCCGAAACCCAGUUGCUCGUUUGUCAUACCCAGUGUCCAUGAUGGUCUCGAGCUCGAUUGUCGAAUAUACUACCCGAGACGGAGCGAACAGAACCACGAGUUGUUUGGCAGAACAUUUGCGAUAUUUGCCCAUCCCUACGCGCCACUUGGAGGUUGUUACGACGACCCUGUUGUAGGACUGGUCGGCGGCAUUCUGUUGAGACACAGUAUUGUGUUGGUGACGUUCAAUUUCAGGUACGUAACUGGAGAAAUAAAGAAGCCUCCUCUCGGCUAGGGAUAGAGCCGUCUUGGAAAAUCUAACAAAACGUGGGUGGGUUUUUGCAGAGGCGCCUCGGGCUCAGCAGGGCGAACGUCGUGGUCGGGAAAAGCGGAAUUGGCAGACUAUGUCUCGGUAUAUGGAUUCAUGCUGUGUUGCAUCGACACAAUCUUCCGUGAUGUCUCGCGUACAGACACGAAUGAGGACGCCACGAUGCGUACAGAGGCCUUGUCGUCUGCGCAGACGAAUCCAAGUGCAGUUGUGUCGGAGACGCUCACGAAUAGCCCACGACCCAUUCUGAUCCUUGGAGGAUACUCGUAUGGAUCGAUGAUAGCCGCUCAUCUACCGGCUCUCGAGGUUGUUGCGGGUAUGUUCAGACAUGCACAGAAAGGCUCGAUGGAGAGCGAGAUAGAGCUACGAGCUAGGGAUUUGGGAAGAGAUCUCAAGGCAUAUCUCGACAUGCAUUCAGUCGACGACAUGGUCUUGUCCAUUCCCAAGGGAAACAAUCUCGGCCACCAAGACACACCUCCGAAAGAGGCGGGCUCGCCCAGGUCGAGUCAUAGUCGGAGUCAUAGUCGGAAUGUGACCAUGGGAGGAUACGACUCGGACGUGGCUAGCAAGAAGAUCGGUCGAGAGAGCACGUCCAGAAGGAGUGUCGACGGCGAGAGGAUGAAGGAAGGGAUCGACAAGUUUCGCCGAAAGUUGAGUCAGAAGGACCAUCGUAUUCGGAGCCCCCCGUCAAUACCAGAUGCUGAGCCUUCGACUCAAGCCACGGAUCUACCCUUGAACCUUCCAGGGGUCGCGUAUGUGUUGGUGUCGCCGCUCUUGUCGACAGUUGCUGGAUUCACUACAAUGUUCUCCAAGCUGAAGUUUGAGCAGGGAACUACCGGGGGUAAAGUGAACGUGUCAGAUGAGUAUCAGGAACUUAUCAGACAUCCUUGUUGUUGUAUUUAUGGGAGUAAGGAUGUGUUUACAUCGGACCGUAAGUUGCGGAGAUGGUCAGAAGAGUUAACAGCUAGGCCUGGGUCACGAUUUGUCGCGGUCAGAGCGGAAACGGGCCAUUUCUGGCAGGACGCUGAAGGCGUCGUUCGUCUUAAACAUGGACUUACGGAAUGGUUGAGAGGGUCGAUAACGCAGUACGCAAAUGCUGCGAAAGGGAAAGAGGACGAUACAGCUUCUACAGCUACCACCGGUGUCCAGGAUCCGACAUAACGAGCGUAGAGAGUGUAUCGAAACAUGACAUGUGCUAAAAUACGUACCCCGGCAAAUUGCCAACAAGGCUGUGGUCUCGAAUGGCCAGACCUGGACAUAUCGCAAAACUCAUGUGAGAAGGUAAUCAGGAGGUGUUGGUGGUCACGGCCUCUUUGCAGUUUGACAGGAUGGGCCCGCAUGAUCUCGCAGAUGCAAAAAGCUCGCCAGGGCACUUGCAGAAAUAGCGAGUCGCAAUGAUCCUUUUCCAUCGUAAUAUGCAGGGAGACCAGUGUAGACAGGACAAAGUCAGGCAUGUGACGGUGCAGGAACAAGGAUCGAACCAGGAUCAAAGAACAGGGUCUCUUUGUUUAGGCCCUGGACAAGGAUGUCACGCGCUGUAUCUGAUUUCUAUCUAUGGCCCGUCAAAGGACAAUGUGACCAGAUACUCGUAAUUGAAUGUAAUGGACUUUUGG